ACCCACGCCAGGGUGCCUGGGGGAAGCGUUCCCGUGCUGAGAGUGCCCCAGCUGUCCCGAGCAGCCCCUGGCCCGGGCAGCAGGCUGAGAGUGAGAGCGCUGUGCCCGCCCAGCCCCGGGACAGAGAAGCGAGCCAUUGUCCCCGCGCAGAGGCCACGGCUGGUACGGGCUGGGCCGGGCACUGCGGCCGUGCCAUGGCCGGGCUGGUCCCGCCGGCGGUCGCCGUGGCCCUGCUCUGCUUUGCUGCUCGUCUGGAGGCCAGCCCGGAGCUGUCCGGGUACCUGCGCAAGGUGCUGAGGAACCACACUGCCCACACCUGCGAUGGAGAGCAGCUCCUCAUCGUCUGCCCUCGCAGAACCACCAUCAGCAUCCUCGGGGCCUUCUACGGGCGCCGAGUGCCCAGCACUGACCUCUGCCCCAGCCCUGAGAGUGCCUCCCAGGAGAGCACCGAGUGCACGUCUGCCACCGCCCACCUGAAGCUGCUGGCCGAGUGCCAGGACCAGCAGUGGUGCCAGUUCUCAGUGCACAGCCAGGUCUUUGGGCCAGACCCGUGUCCUGGGACACACAAGUAUCUCAUCGCUUCCUACAAGUGCCGGCCAGGGAACCAUCGGGUCAAGACCGUGUGCGAGAAUGACAAGCUCAGGCUGCAGUGUCGACCAAAAUCCAUCCUGGCCAUUUAUUCUGCAAGUUAUGGACGAUUCCUGCGGGGCAAACCGGAGUGUGAUGCCUUGAACAGUGGAGGACCCCAUAUAGAGUGUGUGGCUCCAGACGCUCUGCGCAGGGUCUCCAAGAAGUGCCACCGCAAGGGGAACUGCACCGUGGCUGCUGACAAGGCCACCUUCGGGGACCCCUGCCUCCCCGGCACGAGGAAGCAGCUGCGAGUCUCUUACACCUGUGUGCCCAAGCAGCUGCUGGAGGAGGUGGGCCCCGACACCUCGGACCCCUUCUUGCUCUCGGACUACAUGCACGGUGGCUGGUACAAAGGGCCCAGGUUCUCCAGGCUCCAGGAAGACCGCAUGAUUUUUACUAGCUCUCUGGCAGCUUUUGCCCACCUCUGGGGCGUCCCGGAGAAAGUUGCCCUCUACUUUCUUUGUGGAGUCUCAGGAGGCCUCAUGCUGCUGCUGUGCAUCAUCAGCCCCAAAACGACCUUCCUCCAGGAAAUGGGGGAGGCUCUCAAAGACCCCGAGCUGGGCAGCAGCUUGGAGCUGGGCAGGACCAAGCUGCGGGAUGAGCAGGACGAGGACGUGGCGGAUGACAGCUCCUCAGACUCCUCCUUCCGCCGCCUGACCCGCACCUACCGCGCCACGGACAGCAUCUUCGGCCCCGAGCUGACGGCGGCCAUGGAGGGGGCCGUGGAGCACCAGGGCCACACUGGGGACGAGAUCUGGAUGCCCAAGGAGUCAAGCCCGUACGCCAUACACAAGAUCAAAUCAGCCACCAAAUAGGAACUGGAAGAAAAUGGAAGGAGGGCAGCAGAGGGGUGCAGGCUCAGUGGGAUCUGACGUCUGAGACAUAAGAGUUUGGGGUCCCUGGGUGACCGCACAUCCCGACAGAAGCAGGGUCAUGGCAGCUCCACACAGCAUGGAAACCUCUAGCCUGGGGGGACGUGCAGCCCCUCGGUGUGAUGAGGGGCUGUGGAAUGGUUCUGUGGGCCACGGGCUCCUUUGCUGCAGACGCCACUAACCCUAACCUAACCUCCCUGUUCUCAGCUUGCAUCGUCUGGCUCUAGAGUUUAACCCUGAUGAGCUGUGCCAAGCCCACCCUGAGCCCUUCGAGGCUGUUUGCUCCUGCUUCUCCUUGGGUACUGGCUUGCACUGCUGGUGCUGCAAACACAGCCUGUGCUCGGGCGCUGUGCCAGCAGCGGAGGGGCAGGAAUGGCCAGGACACGGGGAGGGGCAGCUGGAGGGGCUGUGCGAGCACAGCAGGCAUCAGCAGCACAGCCUCACCACGGUGCAUGCCAUGCAGCCCUGCUGCUCCCAGGGAGCUCCUCCCCAGGCUGGCACUGGCACCUUGGCACAACCCUGGCUCUCACCUCCCUGCAGGCACUCAGGAGCUCUGUCACCCCAUGCUGCUCUGUGCUUUCCUCUCUACUUUCCCCAGUGACAGGAGAGCCCCAAGUUUUAACUUGCUGUGGUUUUUUUCCAGUCAAUAAACGCA